AUGUGCACCAACAUAGUCUACGAGUGGCUGAAGACCCUGCAGCUCUCCCAGUACGCCGAGUCCUUCGUCGACAAUGGUUACGACGACCUGGAGGUCUGCAAACAGAUCGGGGACCCGGACCUGGAUGCCAUCGGCGUGGCCGUGCCCCAGCACCGGCGCCGGAUCCACGAAGCCGUGCGGCGGCUGAAGGAGACGGGGCUGGUGGCCUACCCGCGGCUGAAGCUGAAGAUCAUGAUCCGGGACAAGCUCAUCCGCGACGGCAUCAACCUGAGCAAGCCCCCCUACUCCAACAAGAGGGAAACGUGGUGGCAUCGACCAAGAGAUGAGUUGGGGUCCCGCCUCUGCCGUGCACUCGGGCUUGGCGUCUCGGCUGUGCUUGUGGCAUUUCUGGAUGGAAAUACAGGCAGGACUUUGCACCAGCCAGGUGUGAAGUGGGGCCAGAGCAAUACAUUAGUGUCAGUUGGUGAAAAGGCUGAUGAAGCAACUGGUAACCUGGCUGGAGGAACAACUCUUUCUGUUGCCCGAGUUUAUUUACUGGAGGAUGGUAGUGCCUGGUAA